UUCACAGAAAUAGAUUUCGUUGUUUGAAAGCGGUUUCUUAGUGAUGGUUGCAUGACAAGGAAGUAUUUAACAUAAAUGUCCCUCGAAUCUCUAUUCUCGUUUGCAAAACUUUAAUGAAAUAGAGCAAAAAACCACUAUUGCAAGUUUGCUUAGGCCGAAUUCUGUCACCAAAAUUCGACUUCCUCGGAAACCAAGAAGCCCAGUGGACAAAAAGCAUUCGGAGUGGACGCCCGAAAAGCAGAUGGAACAUGAAAUAACCAGAAACAGAAUGAAGGCUUUUUUCGAGCCUCCGGAAACAGUGGUGGAGAUGGAACUCAGAAAGAAUCAUUUUCUAUUAGCUCCGUCUAACAUGGAAGAGCUGAACGAGGUUAAAGCUAGAAGAGAGGCACUGUUAAAGACAGUGUGCAAAGUGUGUAACGGCAAGCUGAAGCCGGCGGAGCAGCAAAUGCCUUGUGCGUGCAGCUACGUCUUCUGCAAGCAACACCGUAAGCCGGAUACUCAUCUUUGCAAUAUCGACCAUAGACAAAUGGGAAGACGCAAGAUAAGCAAGGUUAUUAUUGUUACUAUUGUGUUAUUGGCAUCUAGUUUCGUAGUCUAUUAUGUCAAUGCGACCUUUACACGAAUAGAUUGA